CGGUGGAAGUUAAAAAGACCUCCUCGAACGUCUCUUGACUCUUGAGAAGGUAGAGCUGGCACUCUCCCAAAGGAAACCAAUAUGUGUUGUAGUUGUCCGUGGCUCCGUUUCGGCCCCAUCCCAGUCGUGGGGCGCCUUGAUGUGACCUUGGUGAAGGCCACCCUUGGGAUAUUCGCUCUGGCAGCUUGGAACAACAUCAUGAAAGGGAUGGUUCCGGAAGAGGGGCCGUUUCCAGAUUCACAGGCUAUUGUCUUGGGCUUGCAAAUGUUUCUUCUGUCCCUUUAUAUGAUGUUUACCAUGAUCUAUUUCUUCUUUAUUCCCAUUGCUUUGAACAAACUCACGCGAUCACGGGUUUUAGCGUGUUUUGCCGCCUUGAAUUAUGGCUUUCUCUUCAUUGGAUUCACGAUUGUGGGCAUUUAUCGUCUUGUUGUCCAAUUCAAGCCUGUAAAGGCCGAUAAACUCUUGGGCCCUCCUCAGCUCUUGUUAAUCCUGUCCACCUUGGUUGACACCGUCUUGAUUAUGAGGCAUUUUAGCAUGUGCAAAUGCCAUGAAAUCCCGAGGUUGUGCCGCAAGAAGAAACCGGGCAAUGCAGAAGAUCAUGUACCCUUGGAAGUUUUGGUCAAUCCUGCCAUCACGGAAGACGAACCCAAUGAAGCUUUGGCCAUUCCAGAGGCUGCGCCUGACAAUGCCUCUCGUGAAAUGUCCGUGAACCUCCCCGAAAAUCAAGACCAUUCCGAUGACACUGGCCUUUCUGGCUCGGCAGGCGACAAAGCUGAAGCCUCAUCCUCUCGACCUGUGAGCAUGGUAGAUUUAAAGGUUAGUCAGGAAGAGAUUCAAAUUGCCAAAGAGAAGUUGAAGAAAGGAGGAUCAGUGGACUCCUCAUUCCGCGAUUAUCGAGUGCCCAGUGUCGAAUUGGGCCUUGAGGCCUUGGAUUUCGUACCUGAGGAAUGCGAUCUCGAAUCAGAGCCCGACAGUGUCUUUCCUACAAGUGCCAAUGACUCCCAAAGAACAGAUCUGGACCUCGAGGACUCGAUCCAAAUUGGCGUGGAUCCGCCCAGAAAAGACCGUUCUCAAGCCAAAGCUAAAAGUAUUGGAGGUAUGGCAUCUGCCAGCGAGAAUGUGAAUAUCAAUAUCAGGAAUCGGUCAAUAUCUGCGCCAAUUUCAAUGAAACGUAAUGCUACAGUCUCUGUCGAUGUUCAUAGACAGAAUGACGAGCAACAAUGAAGAAUUAGUGUUUUCUGUACAUUUCUUUAUGAAUGAAAAGUGUACUCCAUGUGUCGAUUGUAAGCUCAGGAUUUUUCUCUAUCGAAUUAAUAAAGUUCGGUUAUAACGCA